UAUCAAAACUGCAGAACGGGCCUUGCAAUUAUUUGCUAAUAUAACCCAUCGACUCUGUUAAGCAUUGUUUUUCUAUUUGACAGGCACCAUUUCCAACUAUGAAGAAGAGAAGGAAAGGCUCUGCACACGAUAUGAACAACUGAAAAGAAAGGAGUCUGAUAUCUGAGCAUGAGAAAGCUUGUACUGAUAAAAUUGCUAAACGGGAAGAGUCAUUGAAAAAGAAGAAGCAGGAGGAUGACAGAACUUUCAGCGUUCUGAGGAAGACUCUUGGCUCAUUUCUGGAGAGCGACGAGGACAUCCUGGCUGAUGAUUGAAUGAACAUUCAGCUGUUUGAGCUCAAGUCUCCAGUUACUCUUUCCCCCUAAAAGAUGUUCCGUUUAUUAAUUCUUGCACUAUGAUAUGGUAUGCGAGGUUUGGUUCCCCUAUGUGCUAUUUGGAUUCACUGGCAGAUGAUGAAACAAAUGUUUCUGGCAGUCGAUCCACAAUGGCAGCUCACCUGGAUAAUUCUCAGGUUGAAACAAAGGAUAUCGGAAUUCAUGCUAGGCACGUCAGCAAUGUGUCUGCAGUGGAUAGUGAAUUAAAUGAUGACUAUGGGAGUCCAAUUUGGAAGAAUAGAGUAAAGAGUUGGAAGGAUAAAAAGGAUAAAAAGAGCAACAAGAAAAAGGGUACACCCAAGGAGGAAAAAGUGGCUCAAAUUCCACCUGAGCAGCAGAUGACAGAGAACUAAUGGGAAGAGACUGACCGGAAGGCGGUGAUGGUUGGGCAGCGAUGGAUUGCUUCUCUUGGGAGUGGCCCUUUGUCUACUUCCACUUUGGUCUUCAUCCUCUUCUAAGUCUCUCUCAGUCUUUGUCCCUGUCCCUUGCACGCAAGACAGGGUUGCAGGCAAGACAACGACUUGACGUGUCUCAAAACACUAUUGUUUAUAAGCCCUCAUUUUUACCCAUCAUUAUAGCCUCCCUGUUGGAUUUAGGGAUUUCUUCGAAAUAUAAGGAGUGAUUCCUUGCAGAUAGCUUAAAAACAGAUUCCUCCUUGAAGGAAUAAUCACGGAAGGAAAAAGUUAGAAACCAUGAAUUACACGUUUGAACUCAAUUCUAAAUUCCUAAUCUCAA